CGUUUUUACUUUCUUUCUUUUCAUAGGCUCGAAUUCGUCAUCGCAAUAUUGUUGCCUAUAUCUGUUCGUACAUUACACGCUCGAUUGACACUGUUUUAUAUCAUAUAACUGUCUCAUUUGACGGUCACCUGGAAGAUAUAUGUGGUGGCCUUUUAAAAGGUGGUCAGUUAAUCAUUUUGCCUCCUGAAGGACAACUUGACAUGAGCAUUUUUGCAAAAACUAUCAACCGUCAUCAAGUGACAUAUUUAGGUGGUGUACCAUCACUUUAUAUCAUGUUAAAUGAAUAUUUUCACAUGCUUGAAGCCAAAGGAUCGCAAACAUAUGAAGAUUUUUUUACAUUACAACGUUUGUCAUCAUCUGGUAUGAUUUCCAGAGAGCCGUUAUCGAUGAAAACCGUUUCUGAUUUUGCCAAGCAUACGCUUCAAAAUUGUCAAAUGUACAACUUCUAUGGACCAUCUGAAUGUACAGAAGUUGCUACGCAAUAUUUCGUUAGUCAAAAUGAGUCGCACGAAGGACAAUUACCCAUUGGUCAACCUAUGGCAAAUGUUUACAUUCAUAUUCUUGAUGAACAUCUUCAACAUGUGAUUCCAGGUAUUCAGAUUGGGGAAAUUAUUAUUGGAGAUUAUAAUCGAUUUCCUUGGAUUAUUGAUUCAGAAUCAAAAGUUUUUCAUCAAUUAUCAUCAAUUUUUUUCAUUGGAAUCGAAUAUGAUCGAUUAUAA